AUGGCAAAGGAAUUUGAGGAUACUUGGGCAUAUAACACAAUUGGCUCGCCGUUUCCGGAUAAUCCUGUUAGGGUUAAGGGUCAACAAAAUAUGUACGUUGCAUUGUGGUACAAAUUUGGCAAGCCAAUCCAUGGGCGAGCUUGGAACAAUAAUGGGAAUGUGGAAUGUUCAUUCCCAUAUAGCAAGGUGGAAUUAACGGGAGCUCGUGAUUUGGGUGGACAAAUCCAAAUUUUGACAUGUAGCGAACAAGAUCCAGUAGAACAAUUCAAAAAAAGCGGCUUCUGGUAUGAAUGGCGCCCAUACAAAGACCGUGAGAACGAUCAGCUGCUGCAGUUAGUACACUGCGGUCAGUCAACUCCGGUCUUAAUGCCUACGAAGGACGGGAAAAAUUUGCUUGGAUACAUCGAUAUGGGUAAAGAUGUGGCCAAUGUUGGUAACAAGGGUAAAAAUGAAACACUUGCGGGUGGCGAAAUUCAGAAUUUGCUGGUCCUGUUUCGAAAUAUUAAAGUCCCGCCAACUGGUAUUAAGAUUUACGAAGAUACCUGGAUUGACCUCAGAUACCGGGAUCCAUUUCCGGCAGCGAAGAAUCCGAUUCCUGGUGGUGGUCGUAAACUGAAAAACGAUGACGGUUCAGAGACAUACAGCUAUGUAGCACUGUGGUACAAACAUGGUGAACCGGUUUUCGGACGAGCUUAUCCAGAUUCGACCGGAAAAACGUUGGCAAAUUUCGGUUGGAAUGGCCAGGAAAAUGCGGGUGCAGAACUUGGAUCUAUGCAAAUGAUUGUAAUCCCGCAGCCCGAAAAUCUUGGUUUUGAGUACAAGUGGAUGUCGUACAAAGAAGUCAAGGGUGGUGCUGGUGGGUUCAAACCCUUGCACGUCGGUGACUGCGUGCCGUGUGUACUGAAAACGGCGAAGGGCGCUGAAUUACUUGGAAAUUUGCAUAUGAAGCUGGAAAAAGCAACAGCUGGCUUCGGUGGCAAGGAUUCAGCGGUAGUCGGACCAGCAGUUAUGGAUUUCCUUGUACUUUGUCGAAAUGGGUACAAAUGA